ACACACACACACACAUCAAUCGAUAUGCCUCGUGAACGCGGUGUUGGUCGUUUGAAUUGGACCCAGUUCCCCCUUUCCGACCACUGUGUGGUUCAUUCCAGCGCCUGUGUAUCCUCGGUGCGAGGUGUGUUUGUGCGCCAGGCAGUUCAGCCACUGCGCUGACAAGACCAGCAAAGUGAAUUUCGAUGGACAGAUACAGACCGAGCAUCUGGUGCAGGACUGCUUUCUGCUGAACUGUUCAUGAGUAUGCAUCAGCUGUCUGCAGAAACUGUCUCUGAAUCGUCUAGGCCCUUGGCUGUGGGGCCGUGAGCAGCUACCAUGGCGUAUCCUAACACCAGCAUACUGACAGCCAACUUCAGUGGAGCUUUGGAUAGGUAUGACUCUGGGGGAAACAUCUACCGACCCUUUUCUGUUUUCAGCGUGCUCACUCUCACGUUACUGGCAAUGCUGGUGGUGGCCACCUUCGUGUGGAACCUGCUGGUGCUGGUGACCAUUCUGAGGGUGAGGACUUUCCACCGGGUGCCCCACAACCUUGUGGCUUCCAUGGCCAUCUCUGACGUGAUGGUGGCAGCCCUGGUCAUGCCGCUCAGCCUGGUCCAUGAGCUGAAUGGCAGGCUGUGGAAACUAGGCCGCGUCCUGUGCCAGGUGUGGAUCUCCUUCGACGUGCUCUGCUGCACAGCCAGCAUCUGGAAUGUGACGGCCAUCGCGCUGGACCGCUACUGGUCCAUCACCAGGCAUCUACAGUACACGCUCAAGACACGUAAAAAGAUCUCCAAUGUGAUGAUCGCACUCACAUGGCUCCUGUCAUCCAUCAUUUCCCUAUCGCCUCUCUUCGGCUGGGGGGAAACUUACUCAGAGGGGAUGAAGUGCCAGGUGAGCCAGGAGCCGUCCUACACAAUCUUCUCCACCUUCGGAGCAUUUUACCUCCCGCUUUGUGUGGUGCUGUUUGUUUACUGGAAGAUCUACAAGGCUGCCAAGUUUCGGAUUGGCUCCCGCAAGAAUAACACAAUAACACCCAUGGCUGAGGUAAAGGAUGAAACACAGCAGCCCCAGAUGGUGUUUACCGUGCGACACGCCACCGUGACCUUCCAGACAGACGGGGACACAUGGCGCGAGCAGAAGGAGAAAAAGGCGGCACUGAUGGUAGGCAUUUUGAUUGGCGUGUUUGUACUUUGUUGGAUUCCCUUCUUCAUCACCGAGCUUAUCGUCCCGCUGUGCUCCUGUGACAUCCCACCCAUCUGGAAGAGCAUCUUCCUGUGGCUGGGAUACUCCAACUCCUUCUUUAACCCACUCAUAUACACGGCGUUUAAUAAGAACUACAACAAUGCCCUGAGGAACCUCUUUUCCCGGCAGCGCUGAGCCACUCUGCAUGCUCAGCAUACACGCUACACCAGCAAGCACUCCACAGUGUUACUCCUCCAGGCAGAAAGGGACUAACCUGUCUGUACCCAUCAUCCUUCAGAUGGAUGAUAACCAGAAACUAUGUCUGAAAAACUGUCUUUAAAGAUGUGUCAGUUUUGUUUUGUUUACUACCAUGCUGAGGUACACUCACAGCUGGACUGAGACGGGUGUCGGCACUACUGUAUCUACAAAGAGAGGAAUAAAUUGGUUGUUCCUGUCCACCAUUUCAGAGUUAUUAGGAAGAAAGGCACGUUAACUCCACCAUAAAUAGUUUCAUCAUCAUGUGCAAGGCUGCUGGGAAUUAUUUCAAAGUAAAGCUGGAAGAAAUGCUCAAGAAAAGCCUUGUGUAACUGAACAAAAAUAACCCCACCAAGAACAAACUGUGCAUUCUUUAUUCUUGGACAAUAAAAUGUUCCUCAUCUUCGACACCCUGAGUGAAAAACAGAUUAUGGAAAAUAUUUAAGGGCCUGACAGCCCUCCAGUGAGGCGAUAAAGUGUUUAGCAGCCACCUUAUAGAAAGCUACGCAAAUGUAAAAUCUCUCCUCUGGUUCUGCUCAGCUAUAGACCAAUUGUCCUUGCACACACGCCUACACACUCCUAUGCCUUUUAUGAAAGCAGGAAAAUAGCAGAACACAUUAUUAUUCCCAUCAUAUUUGAAUAGAUGCAUUGUUCAUCAACUGUGGCCACGGACAAUCACAACUCACACUGGGUACAUGAAAUAACUAUGGGAUACAGAUGAUAUGCGGACUGGUGUAGAGCCAUAAAAAGGAUUAGCGCGGCAGAUUCUGUCAGUAGGAAUUAAAUCAGAAAAUAAAAUAUAGCGAAAUGUGUCGCUUCAAUGAAAAGUUUUAUUUGUGGCGAUAUAGUAGGGGGUUUAUGGGAGUAAGAGAAGUCAAUACAAAUGUCCCUUAAGAGCUCAGCACACAAAAACAUAUGAUCAAGUUGUCCUGUUUUUCCAGUUGUGUGUCCAAUCAGUGAGUGAACCUUCAUUUUGUUGUGUAACGUGAGGAAUCAAGCAUGAGAAAGUGAUCCUCGGCAAACAGUUGUGAUAUAUGUUUGUGCUCCUGUUGUCUGAGAGCAACAUCAAAGUUUCUUGCACAAAACCUCAUUAAAUAUUAUUUUUG